AUGACGCUAUCGACUGUGAAAACCGAAGCAAGAGUGCUGUUGCACCAACUUACGCAAUUCCAAUACGCAAGCAAGGCACUGAUCCGUCUAUUCGAGAAUGAUACCAUUCGUUGCGCUGUGCUGCUGCAGCUUUUGCAUUGGCAAAACACACCGGCAUCCACCAGUCUCGAGAAUGUACUGGCAGAAUUGGAAUCUAGUGGUCACGAUCGUCCGACGGUGGUGCGUGGUGACAUGGAGUUGACAGUGCUGGGCAAACCCGCACUACUCUUUGCCACCUCGAUCUAUGACGAGGAGUUGGCUAUGUUAAUCUGGUCGGGCUUCAUCCACUUCCAUGCGCUUUAUCCGGAAUUUGAUCUGACUCGACAGGUGCUGAACAAUUCGGCUGACUCGCUCGGGUACUCAGCUUUGCACUAUGCUGUCGAAGCGCAGAUGAAAACAUUCCUGCAGGCUGUAUGCAAGGACUUGAAACAGGACAAGAUCGCACCGAUUGUUGGCCGUGUCGUGACACAAGAUGUGACUUUACCGGUGAACACUGCUCAGAACAUGGGCAAGAAUAUCGAAAGUGGAGGCUGUUCACUGCUUCAUAUCGCAGCCAAGAAGGGUGAACUGGAGAUGGUAAAAUGGUUUAUUAAUCCACCGAUGCUUAUGACUUCAAAGACUCUGUACGAUUGGGACGGGAACUCCCCAGCACGUGUAGCGGCAAUCCAUGGACAUGAUGAGGUCGCUGCAUUUCUCGUGGGUGUGACUGGUGAAGCGCCAUUAAGCGCAAUCGACACCAAUGAGUUGCGCUCCAAGCGUGAGAGACUGGCUAGAGAGCGCUACUUAGCCCACUUGAAGCCUCAUGAAUCCAUGGUAGAACCAUCAGUAUUUUCAACGAUCUGGACGCUUGAGGAAACCGAUCUCAUUCGAAGUCAAGUAGAUCGGGUGGUUGCAGAGCAAGGCUGGUGCACCGAACGACACGCAUCUUACCAAACGACAGAUAUGCCGUGCCAUCAAGUUGCCAGUUUGAAUUCCUGGGUGCGUUCAACGCUAGCGUCGAGACUGUUUCCUCAAAUUGCAAAGCGCUACAAGUUGCUCAAGUUACAGCGACUCCUUUUCCGUGAUCUCUUCUUUGUCAAAUACGAGGCACGCAUGGGUGAACGCUCUGAUCUUGCACUUCAUCGCGACGGAUCCGUUUUAUCUUUCAAUGUAUUGCUAAAUUCGGCUCAUGAGUUCACGGGAGGUGGUACUUAUUUUGACGCUACAAAACGUACCAUUCACAUCUCCCAAGGCGAUGUCGUCGUACAUAGUGGAAAAGUCCUCCAUGCUGGUGCCCCCGUGCUGUCGGGUGUCCGGUAUAUACUUGUUGGGUUUCUAGACGUCGUAAACAGUCCGUUUUAA